AACCCCAACAUCAGGUGGCUCCCCGGCACACACAGCACGCACAGUCACAAGUCACGACAGUGGACUAGAAAAAGUCUCCCUCCCUCUCUCGCUCACACGGCCCGAAUGGUACGCUACUCACUUCUGGACCUUCUUCUUCAUGCUGAGAUAGAGCACGCUUGACCCAGAUCUGUUACUGUAACCUUGGAAUUUUUUGGCGUAGAACAACUCGAAAGAAAUACUCAUAGUGCUAUGAUGGCGUCGGAAGGGGUAGGGUUUGUUGAGAAUCAGGGACAUGGAGGGAGCCCAUGGGAGGGGGUGAUGGAGUUGACCAAGUCAGCGCAAGACAGGAACAUGGACCCUCUCAUGUGGGCGAUGCAGUUGUCUUCCACCCUCACCUCCGCUGGUCUCUCCGUUCCCUCACCGGACCUUGCCAACUUUCUCGUCUCUCACAUUUGUUGGGCCAACAACGUUCCUGCCGCCUGGAAAUUUCUUGAAAAAGCUCUCACCCUCCGAAUCGUUCCCCCUAUGCUCGUCCUUGCUCUUCUCUCUACCAGGGUAAUUCCGAAUCGAAACAGGUAUCCUGCGGCAUACAGGCUGUAUAUGGAGCUUCUUAAAAGAUAUGCCUUUUAUCUGCCAUCUCUUUUGCAUGGCCCCAACUAUCCGAAGAUUAUGGAGUCUAUAGACAAUGUUCUUCAUCUUACCCAAAUGUUUGGGCUUCAGGCAUGUGAACCUGGGCUUCUUGUUGUUGAAUUUGUGUUCUCAAUUGUAUGGGAGUUGCUUGAUGCAUCACUUGAUGAUGAGGGGUUGCUCGAAAUCACUCCUGAAAAGAAGUCCAGGUGGGCAACCAGGAAUCAAGAUAUGGAAAUAGAUAAUCAUGAUGGCAUUCAGUUGAAGACUACAGAAAAUCAGGAAGCCAUGCCGAAAAUGAAUACUGUAUUGGCUAUUGAAUUAAUUGGGGAAUUUUUCCGAAAUAAAGUAUCUUCCAGAAUUCUCUAUCUGGCAGGACGGAACAUGCCUGGGCAUUGGGAAUCUUUCAUUCAGCAUUUGCACUUGCUCACAGGAAAAUCAACUGCUUUGAGAAAUUCGAAGAAUAUUUCCCCAGAAGCUCUCUUAGAAUUGACGUCCAGUACACGUAGGGUCCUAUCACGGGAAUGCAAAACAAGUUCACAGCAAAUGUUCCAUGCAGUAAUGGUCUCUGGAUCGCUCAUAUCUUCUGCUGGUCAGUGCCACGGUACAAGUCUUUCAGCACUUUGGCUUCCAAUUGAUAUGUUUUUGGAAGAUACCAUGGAUGGAUCACAAGUGACAGCUACAAGUGCUGUUGAAACUCUUACUGGUCUAGUGAAGGCUAUUCAGGCUGUUAAUCGGACAACUUGGCAGGAUACAUUUCUUGGCCUGUGGAUUGCUGCUUUAAGGCUUGUUCAGAGGGAAAGGGAUUCAAGUGAGGCACCUGUACCACGCAUAGAUACCUGCUUGUGUUUGUUGUUGUCUAUCACCCCACUUGCAAUUGUGAACAUCAUUGAGGAGGAAGAAAGUUCUGGUGGAUCUGAAAGCUGCCACCUUACUGGUUCAAGAAAAGAGAAACAUCCAGUUGGAAAGCGUCGCAAAGAUCUAGUGGCAAGCCUGCAGCAAUUAGAAGAUUAUGAAGGCCUGUUGACUCCACCUCUAUCUGUUAGUUCAUUGGCUAAUCAAGCUGCUGCGAAGGCGAUGAUGUUCCUUUCAGGUCUAUCAGUUGGCAGUGGAUAUUUUGAUGGCAUAAGUUUAAAUGAUAUGCCAAUGGGUUGUUCUGGAAACCUGCUGCAUCUAAUUGUUGAAGCUUGCAUUGCUAGAGAAAUUUUGGAUACUUCAUCAUAUCUAUGGCCUGGCUAUGUGAAAGGCCGCACCAACCAAAUGCCACGUAGCAUAUCUGGCCAAAUGCCUGGUUGGUCAUCUUUAGUGAAAGGAUCUCCUUUAACUCCUCCAUUGGUCAGUGCAUUGGGUUCAAUUCCUGCUUCAAGCUUAGCAGAAAUAGAGAAAGUAUAUGAGAUUGCAGCCAAUGGAUCAAAUGACGAGAAAAUUUCUGCUGCUACAGUUCUCUGCGGGGCAUCUCUUGUUCGUGGUUGGAAUAUACAGGAACAUACAGUUCUUUUCAUCACUAGACUGCUCUCACCUCCUAUUCCUGCUGAUUAUUCUGGCCCAGCGAGUCAUUUAAUUAGCUAUGCUCCAUUUCUGAAUGUUCUUCUUGUUGGGAUAUCACCUGUUGACACAAUCCAGAUUUUUUCCUUGCAUGGAUUGGUUCCACAGCUUGCUGGUGCGUUGAUGCCAAUUUGUGAGGUUUUUGGUUCCUGUGCUCCCAAUGUCUCAUGGACUCUUACAACAGGGGAAGAAAUUUCUACCCACAUUGUCUUUUCGAAUGCAUUCACUCUUCUGCUGAAGUUAUGGAGAUUUGAUCAACCACCACUUGAACAUGUUUUUGGUGAUGUGCCCCCUGUGGGCUCCCAUUUGACUCCUGAAUACCUUUUGCUGGUGCGCAACCUGCAAUUGACGUCAUCCGAGAAUUCACCUAUAGGGCAAUCUAAGAGCAAGAGACUUUCAAGACUUUCAAGUCCAUCUGAUAGAGAACCCAUAGUCAUGGAUUCUUUUCCAAAAGUAAAACAGUGGUACCGGCAGAAUCAAGCAUGUAUUGCAUCAACCCUAUCUGGCCUUGUACCUGGAACUGUUCAUCAGAUUGUCGAUAGCCUCUUGACCAUGAUGUUUAGGAGAAUAAACAGAGUUGCUCAACCAAUGACUCCAACAGCGUCUGGGAGUAAUAGUUCAUCUGGAACUGGAAUUGAUGACUUCUCCCUUCGUCUUAAAAUCCCUGCUUGGGAUAUUUUAGAAGCUAUUCCUUUCAUGCUUGAUGCUGCCCUCACAGCUUGUGGUCAUGGAACACUAUCACCUCGUGAACUAGCUACGGGGCUCAAAGAUCUGGCCGAUUUUUUCCCUGCAUCUUUGGCAACAAUUGCAAGUUACUUUUCUGCUGAAGUGACACGAGGUGUGUGGAAGAAUGCUUGUAUGAAUGGUUCUGAUUGGCCAAGUCCAGCCGCAAAUCUAGCCAACGUCGAACAGCAGAUAAAGAAGAUUUUAGCUGCCACUGGUGUUGAUAUACCAAGUUUACCUGUAGGUGGCAAUUCUCCAGCUACCCUACCUUUACCCCUUGCAGCCUAUGUGAGCCUCACGAUAACCUAUAAACUUGAGAGAAGCACUGACCGUUUCCUUAACUUGGUCGGCCCUUCCUUACGUAACCUUGCCAUUGGUUGCCCUUGGCCAUGCAUGCCCAUUAUAGUUGCUCUGUGGGCCCAAAAAGUGAAGCGUUGGAAUGACUUUCUGGUUUUCUCUGCAUCCCAGACAGUCUUCCAUCAUAAUAGUGAUGCUGUGGUCCAACUCCUCAGGGCGUGUUUCACAACCACUCUUGGGUUGAAUUCUUCUUCUAUCUCAAGCAAUGGUGGCGUGGGAGGUCUUCUUGGUCAUGGAUUUGGCUCUCAUUUUUAUGGUGGUAUGGAUCCUGUUGCUCCUGGAAUACUGUACUUGAGAGUCCAUCGAGCUGUAAGAAAUGUCAUGUUCAUGACUGAAGAAAUUGUCUCUCUCUUGAUGCAAUCUGUUAAAGAUAUUGUAAGUAGUGGUUUACCUGCAGAGAAACAGGAGAAAUUAAAGAAAUCAAAAUUCAGCAUGAAAUAUGGUCAGGUUUCUCUCGCUGCUGCAAUGACUCGUGUCAAGGUUGCGGCUUCAUUGGGGGCUUCAAUAGUUUGGAUUACAGGUGGACUAAGUUUAGUUCAAUCCUUGAUCAAAGAAACGUUGCCAUCAUGGUUCAUAUCAGCCCAAGGGUCAGAAGCUAAUGGAGGGGAACCGGGAGGAAUGGUUGCCAUGCUGGGUGGUUAUGCUCUUGCAUAUUUUGCAGUGCUUUCUGGAACUUUUGGAUGGGGAGUAGACUCGUCAUUGGGGGCCUCCAAGCGGCGAGCAAAGAUUCUUGGAGCACACUUAGAAUUUCUGGCUAGUGCAGUUGAUGGGAAGAUAUCACUUGGUUGUAACAAGGCAACAUGGAGAGCAUAUGUUUCAGGGUUUGUGAGCUUGAUGGUGGGUUGUACACCAAAAUGGAUGAAUGAGGUGGAUGUAGAUGUUUUGAAGAGGCUAAGCUGGGCACUUAAGCAGUGGAAUGAAGAAGAAUUGGCUCUGGCUUUGUUGGGAGUUAGUGGGGUUGGUGCAAUGGGUGCAGCUGCUGAAUUAAUCAUAGAAACUGGAUACUGAAUUUUGUUCCAUCAACUAGUCGCUGAAGUGUAGUUUUUUCCUGGUAGAUACUUAUCUAACCCUAGUUCAUCUAGCUGCUUUAGAGUCGCUGCCAUGUAUAUCAUAAUAGAGCAACAGAUAUUGAAGCGCUGUACAUAAUAAAGAUACUCUAUUUUUGCGCCUCUAAAAAGGAGCCGCCUGGGUUUGAAAUGGAACGGUAUCUUAAUUUCUUGUCCUAA